AUGCCGCCCAAGCCUUUCUCUCGUAAGGGGGUCAAGAAGGGUAUGUCGCAUCCUUUAUCCCCUCAUCCAUCAUCAUCGCCCAUCAAAAAGAAGAAAAAAGGUAUACAACCAGCCAUCGUAGAGCGAGCUAACAGCAGUACCCCGCCAGGCAACCCCACGACAGAGCCCUCUACCCCAAGUGAGUACUCGAACAGUUUUGGACAGCCUCAACAGGCUUGCUUCAAUGGCACUACACAUCAGACCUUUUCUAGCCAAUAUGCGCUUGGCGCAGAGAUCAAAGCUGAGAUGCCUUCGCUCACUCCCGCUUCUGUCUCUAAUGAUGAGAACGAGAGUGAGUACAGUUUUGACUUGGCUCAUGUCCCGAGCCCAAUUCUAUUUCCAUCUACCGAGGAUGAUCUCACCCUAUGUCACGCUCCUACUGCUGAUUCCACUGGCUACCCUAUCUUUGUUUCCCGAAAUGGACGCUGGGACUGGUAUUACACUGCCUCUAACAACAAGACUACAGAGUCUUCCUCUACCCCUACCGACGGCACGACCAACGGAAAUUCCAAGAACGCAAAGAGUGAGUCUGCCGAUGGUCUCAGUCUUUCCCCAAAUGAAUUUCCCUGCACCGAGGACGACAUAACCUUGUAUCCUUGGCCCAACCCUGGGGCCAAUCCAGCCGACAAUCCCACCUUCUCUUCUCAAAACGGACGUUGGGAAUGGAUGUUUCUCCCAUCUAACAUGGAUACAGAGUCUUCCCCUUCCAAUGUCAAGAUGGAGGAUAUCCCUGAGGCCAAUCCCAGAAUGCAGCGACCGAGCAACCCCGUCUCCACCACAUUCGCGGCCGCCGACCUGGACCGCUUUGUCUACCCAUUCGGCAUCCCCGACAGCGACGAUGAUAUCUCCACCGUGCCUUCGCUGGUUGAAAACAUUGCCGAACAAGCCAGAACUGCGAAGCAUGUGAGAUUCUUCAUGAACACUUCCCACGAUAAGCACUUCGUCCCCAUCGAAGUCCCCCCUCUCACUGGCAAUGAGAACUGGCAACCCUGGUUGGCCGCUAUGCGCCUGCUCUUCCGCCAGCACUCGGUGUGGCCUAUCGUGACUGCGGAGCUUCAGCCACUGUCGCCUGGCCAUAAUCUGUAUAUGUGGUACCAGCGCAUGCGCGAUUGUGCAAUUGGCCUCAUCUACGCCAAUGUCUCUGAGCAAGUCCGCAAGACAUCUUGUUUCAUGACCACCGCGAGCGAAGAUGAUCCUGAUAUUCUGAUGUCUCACCUGUACGCUCACUACUCCGAACCUGAUUCGGCUCACGUUCAUGAGGAGGAUGAGCUUGAUUAA